CUUUGAGGUUCAAGCUUUGAUGACCUCGACCACUGCACUUCCCAGUAGCUCCGUUCGGCCUCAGAUCGCCUUCCAUCCACUCGGCAGUGCACCAUGAUGUUCCCAUUGCCGCUGGACUUCUUCCCUCCGCUGCGCCUAAGCAAGCAGGAGGCGCAGAGCUUCCUCCAGUGGGGAGACUCACUGCUGCAACAGACCAUCGACGCGUAUCACCGCGAGCAAUUCGACACGCAGGAGACGCGCGAACGCAAGUGGAAGCCCAUUAAGCAGAAGCACGAUCUGAUUGUCUACCGGCGACGUAAGAUCAAAGAUGACAGCGAGUUCAAAUACCUUUGCACAGGCCGCAUCGACGGUACGUUGGACGAGGUGGUCAUGGGUCGCUACGCCGACAACACGCCCGACUUCCGGCGCAUCUCGGGCGUCUACCGCGACGAUAUCGUGGACUGCGCCGUGCUUGGCGUCAUCAAGAAGCGCACCCCGGAGGACCCGUUCUUCCUCUCGUGUUUCAAGUGGAUGACGGUAGAGUCGCCCGGUAAGGGACUUGUUAAGAACCGCGACGUGUGCUGGUACGAACAGGUUGGCAUGACGCGAGAUCGCAACGGCAAAGAGAUCGGAUACACGCUCACCGAGUCGGUCGAACUACCUACUUGUCCGCUGUUCAAUGAGUGCGUGCGUGCCAAGUUCUCGAUCUGUUACCUGUACAAACGUAACAAGAGCGGAGGAGUCAAAGUCUACAUGCGCGGCAAGAACGACGCAGGUGGUAAAGUCGUGGACUGGGUAGCCGACAUGAAAUCGGCUGAACUCUGGCUUCGUAUCGAGCAGGCGAUGCCUGUAGCACAUGCAGUUAUUGCCACAGCGUUGGUGGAGGCCGGCAAGCACACGGUACGUCCGUUCAUCACACAUGGAAAGUGCGAGGUGUGCCACGCCAAGGCCUCCGGCUUUUUAAGCUCAUCCAAGCAGUGCGCUGUAUGUCACCGGCUCACGUGCUCCAGUUGUGUCUCGAAAGUGCGUGUACUGAGCUUCCACGACUUCCGCGUGCCACACUAUGAGCAAUUCUGCAAGAAAUGCAUGCGGUUGAUCCAUCAGGUAGACCUGCGCGCGCCUGAAAGUGUUCGGAACUUGGUGGAGUACGCUUCUGCGUCGUUGACGGGGUCUGAGAGCUCGCAGAGCAGCUUUAUGAGCUCAACACGAGGCAGAGCAGCCACGGACGACAGCGGUGAGGGUGAGAACCAACAUGCAGCGUCUGCGUCGAGCAGCCACAGCAGCAGUAGCGGAUCAUUCCGCACACUGCCACAGCCUGUCAUUGGCGUGAAUCGCCAGGAAGAGGAUGAGGCUUAUUAUUUGGAGUCUGGUGCAGCAGCUCCGCUUCCGAAACAUCCUGGACAGCCCACACACAACACUCAGGUGAAGCCUGGUGCGUCGUCGAUGCCUGCCGUGCCCGUAACCGUCUACCAGGAGCCGUCACCGCAAAAGACUAGUCGCAGUAUGGACGCCUAUGCGGGGAAGCGCACUGUGGUUAAACGCCGUCACAGCCACUCUCCACCUAGUAGUCCUGAAGACAAUUACUACAAGGGACGAGACUCGGAAACACCAGUGACUCGAGGGUCCAUGGCAGUAGCCAGACUAAACAGCGCGUCGUCACGACCAUACAACGGCAGCUUUAACAGCAACGACGCAGACCCAGCGACGGACUCGCUGAUGGCGCAGAUUAUCCAAAUGAACCUCAUCGCUGAACAAUCUCGCCAACAGAUCCAGGACAACAUCAAGAUGGCACGUCAGCUCAGCAAUAGCCGUUCGUAAAUCUGGGUCUGUACUGUACACACGAGGAGGCCAAGUACUGCGUCAUUUAUUUUGCUCUCUUAGAGCUGCCAUCACUAUAAACCUUAUAACCAUAAAAACACAAGAGUUUUUCACGCAGC